AUGGAAAAAACUGUGCCUGCGGCGGAAACUCAGGCAUUUCAUGCCAUCGUCCUUGUGGAUUUGGUUGAGCUUCUGGUGAAGGCCAGGCUAAAUUUACCGGAAGACGAAGAUGAUGACGACCGCCAGGCGUCCGAAGAAGCGAUGGAGGGUUGUGUUAGGAAAUACCAGGAAUUCUUGAGAUCCGGGAAGUCCACUCGGAUGACGGAGAUCUGCAACUUGGCUUAG